UGGCAGCUUAUUUUUGUCUUUAACUAUCUACAACUUUGAACUUAAUUUCUCUGUGUUCUGUGACUGUGAGUGAAUUUGGAAGAAAUUUCAAGCUAUCAGCCAUGGCAGUCGGUUUAGCAAUAACUUCUAGUGAAGGCAGGCAAUACAGUGGCAAAAUGACUUUGUUUGUUGUCUUGUCGUGUAUGAUGGCUGCCAUGGGAGGAGUUAUUUUUGGCUAUGAUAUUGGAAUUUCAGGUGGAGUUACCUCAAUGGAGUCAUUUCUGAAGAAAUUUUUCCCGGAAGUGUACACGAAAAUGAAAGAAGACACAAGGAUCAGCAACUACUGCAAAUUUGAAAGCCAACUGUUGACCUCUUUCACAUCUUCUCUCUAUGUUGCUGGUCUUAUCGCUUCCUUCUUUGCCGCCUCCGUCACCAGAGCCUUUGGCCGCAAGCCCUCCAUCUUGGCUGGAGGCGCCGCCUUUCUCGCUGGUUCAGCCUUUGGUGGGGCUGCAGUUAACGUGUAUAUGCUUAUAAUUGGACGUGUCCUUCUUGGAGUUGGAGUUGGUUUUGCGAACCAAUCAGUGCCACUAUAUCUCUCAGAAAUGGCACCACCAAGACACAGAGGAGCAAUCAACAAUGGCUUCCAAUUCAGUAUUGGCAUUGGGGCUUUAUCAGCUAAUUUUAUUAACUAUGGCACACAAAAGAUUGAAGGUGGCUGGGGCUGGAGAAUAUCUCUAGCAAUGGCUGCAGUCCCUGCUGCAAUACUAACACUAGGUGCCCUUUUCCUCCCAGAAACACCCAACAGCCUCAUCCAACGCAGCAACGACCACCAAAAUGCCAAGCUGAUGCUGCAGCGCGUCCGAGGCACUCCUGAUGUCCAAGCUGAACUUGAUGAUCUGAUCAAAGCAAGCUCCAUCUCAAAAACAAUUAAUCACCCAUUUAAGAAAAUCAUACAAAGAAAAUACAGGCCUCAAUUAGUAAUGGCGAUAGCUAUACCAUUUUUCCAACAAGUUACAGGUAUCAAUGUCAUUGCAUUCUAUGCCCCACUCCUCUUCAGGACAAUUGGACUAGGUGAAAGUGCAUCACUCAUGUCCGCUGUUGUAACUGGCCUUGUCGGUACAGGAUCCACAUUCAUAUCAAUGCUUAUAGUUGACAAACUUGGCCGAAAAUUAUUGUUCCUAAUCGGAGGGAUUCAAAUGCUUGUGUCGCAAGUAAUGGUUGGAGGGAUCAUGGCAGCCCAGCUAGGUGACCAUGGAGGAUUGAGUGAAGGGUACUCUUAUUUAGUAUUAAUUUUGAUAUGUGUUUAUGUAGCCGGGUUUGGAUGGUCAUGGGGGCCAUUGGGUUGGUUAGUUCCUAGUGAAAUUUACCCAUUGGAGAUCAGAUCAGCAGGGCAAAGUAUCACUGUUGCAGUGAGCUUUGUGUUCACUUUCAUUGUUGCACAGACAUUUCUGGCAAUGCUUUGUCACUUCAAGUCAGGGAUUUUCUUCUUCUUCGGAGGAUGGGUGGUGGUGAUGACUGCGUUUGUGCACUUGUUUUUACCAGAGACCAAGAAUUUGCCCAUUGAGCAGAUGGAAAUAGUGUGGAGAGAGCACUGGUUCUGGAAGAGAAUUGUGGGGGAAAUUAGUGAAGAGAGUAAAAUGCAAGAAGCUUGAAUAUUUCAAUUUACAAACAUUAUUGGUGACAUUUUGUACAAGUUUCAGCUUGCAUAUGUGAUGCAUGAUAAAUUUAAUUUGAUAGUAAAUUGUUCAAAGGUAGAAUUUUU